GCAACGCCCACUUUGAAAUGCCCACAGCGAAGCAUCGCAACAUGUAAAGCCAUUGUUCGUAUACACCCAGAUUCGAAAAUGAUCUUUGGUUUAUAUCGACCUCAUACUGUCAUUCGAAAGACUCUAAAGAUGCCUAGCCCGAUCGCAAUACGCCUCCUGCAGACUGAAACCAAGCCAAUGGAGGAGUUUUUUGCCCAGUAUCCUGAAUUCCACCACAAUGAAACUAAGCCGCUUUGGAGCCAGUUCAGAGCGUUGUGCAAACAUUACCGAUGGGAGAGAGAUAGUAGCGAGAGGCGCCAAGCUCACGAUCAAUUCAGAGACGCCAUGAUUUCUGAAUUUGGCAGAAUAUAUGGUAAUGAUAGCACGUCACUGUCGUCAUGGCAGAAGCUUUGUCAAGUUCUCCGGAUUAAACGAAUCCCUGACACGGUUGCUGAUUGUCUUCAGAAAGUCCUUGCAGUGCAUGUGAACCUCGUUGAUCUUGUGGAUUGUCAACGAACAGGCAGGCGUGUUAAGCUAUUUUCGAGUCUCGAAGAUCUGCGCAAUUAUACCAAAUCCACUAAAAAAUUCUUCCCUCUAGAUGAGGCGAAGGCACAGGGCCCUCUAAGGUAUUUGUUGAGAGAGAUAUUGUGAGAAGAGGGGUUUCAGCGCAUAGGGG